AUGCGUUCAGCGUCUUCAAACAAUUUGGAGUCGCCAGAGCAGGCUUUGGAGCAGGGAGAUAUGUGGACUAGUGAGAAAUUUUUGGCCUUGCGGCGAGAAUUUUUGGCAGACCGUACGGAGUUUAAGGCGUUAGAGAUUUUGAAACGUAUGGUAGCAAUUGACGUAAAACAGGUGGAUGACAAUGCAUGGUUAGACUGCAAAGAUUUGAUCUCAAUGCUACUCAAUGCGAUCCCAGUAACGACGCUUUUGGAGACACAACAGAUAAUGCUUUUAACCGCUCUGGAAACUUGUCCACCACAUGUUGUGACGGCUUUAGCUUCUCAUCUGAUAACCCAUGAGCAACAAGUCGCACCAUUGCUAGAUGGUGUGGCACAAGCUGUCUCUGUAGCUUUUGCAAGACGAAUCAAUAAUCCGGACACCUAUGAGCAGGUCAGUUGGUCCAUUUCUUAA